AUGGCAAGGAGAAGAGAGCAACAGACCAAAAGAGACGAGGACAGUGGAGGGAGACGCGGAAAACCUUCUCUCUCCCUCCUACACCUUGUGUCUGUCUAUGUCUCUGGCCCAGCUCCCUCUCCAGUAACUGUGAUCCGAAAGGAGAAGACGUCUCGAAACAGUGUCUCAUUGUCCUGGCAGGAACCAGACAGACCCAACGGCAUCAUCCUGGACUAUGAGAUUAAAUACUACGAAAAGGAAGAGCAGGAGACCAGCUAUACCAUUCUUCGAGCUCGGGGUUGUAAUGUGACCCUGAAUGGUCUGAAGCCCAACACAGCCUACCUGCUCCAGAUCAGAGCUCGCACUGCCGCUGGAUAUGGAGCCAGCAGCCCCAGCUUCCAGUUUGAAACCAGCCCUGACUCAGCCUUCUCAAUCUCCAGUGAGAACAGCCAGGUUGUCUUAAUUGCCAUUUCCUGUGCGGUGGCCAUCAUACUGCUCACCGUGCUGCUCUACGUCCUGAUUGGAAGGUUUUGUUGCCGCAGCAAAUCCAAACAUCCUGAUGAGAAAAGACUUCACUUUGGCAACGGCCACCUGCGCCUGCCAGGAAUCAGGACUUAUGUGGAUCCCCACACCUAUGAGGACCCGAGCCAGGCUGUUCAUGAGUUUGCCAAGGAACUUGACGCCUCCUGCAUUGCUAUUGAUAAAGUCGUGGGAGCAGGUGAGUUUGGAGAAGUGUGCAGUGGUCGCCUAAAACUGCCCAGCAAGAAGGAGAUCUGUGUGGCCAUCAAGACUCUUAAAGGAGGUUACACAGACAAGCAGAGGCGGGACUUCCUUGCAGAAGCAUCAAUCAUGGGACAGUUUGAUCACCCCAACAUCAUCAGGCUGGAGGGUGUAGUGACACGCAGUAAGCCCGUUAUGAUUGUCACUGAGUACAUGGAGAACGGAUCCCUCGAUAGCUUCCUAAGAAAAAAUGAUGCCCAGUUUACAGGAAUCCAGCUGGUCGGCAUGCUGCGUGGCAUCGCCUCGGGCAUGAAAUAUUUGUCAGACAUGGGCUACGUUCACCGAGACCUGGCAGCCCGAAACAUUCUGGUCAACAGCAAUCUGGUGUGCAAAGUGUCAGACUUUGGCCUGUCCAGAGUACUGGAGGACGACCCGGAGGCUGCGUACACCACCAGGGGAGGAAAAAUCCCCAUCCGGUGGACAGCCCCAGAGGCAAUCGCCUACAGGAAGUUUACAUCAGCCAGCGAUGCUUGGAGUUAUGGCAUCGUUCUCUGGGAGGUGAUGUCAUAUGGAGAACGGCCAUACUGGGAGAUGUCCAAUCAGGAUGUCAUAAAAGCUGUAGACGAGGGUUACCGCUUGCCACCCCCCAUGGACUGCCCUGCCACACUCUAUCAGCUGAUGUUGGACUGCUGGCAGAAGGAGCGGAAUAACCGUCCGAAGUUUGACCAAAUUGUCAGCAUCCUUGACAAACUCAUCCGCAACCCCUGCAGCCUCAAAAUCACAGCCAACACUACAUCCAGACCAGCGAACUUGUUGUUGGACAGGAGCAGUGCAGAAGUUCCCCCAGUGGGGACGAUGGGUGACUGGAUGGAUGCCAUGAGGACCUUGCCUUGCAAGGAGGCCUUCUCAGGGGUCAGCUACAGCUCCUGCGACACCCUGGCCAAGACCUCGACAGAGGAUCUGAAAAAGGUUGGAGUGACUAUUGCAGGACCGCAAAAGAAGAUUGUGAGCAGCCUGAAAGCCCUAGAAUCCCAUACCAAGAAUGGUCCAGUACCUGUUUAAAAACAAUAACAAGAAAUGAAAACCACCAGAGACUUUUCUGUUGGUCUGUGUUUACACACACUAACACAGUGGCUACAUAUCUAAAUAAUACGGAGAUGCAAAUGGAUGAAAAAAAAACAACAACAAAAAAAAAAACAGAUGUCUCAUGUGAUGUCUUUCACGCAUUGUUGAAAGCUUUCUAACAGAGAAGUGGGAAAGGGUUCAGAACUGACCUGCCACCUUGUAAGCUGACUGGCUCACCCCUCUCCCUACAUGCCCACAUUGAGAUGCCUUACUGACUAAUAGAGGGGGGAGAGAGAAAACAAAAGGUAAGGAGGUCAGAAAGACAUUACGAGGAACGCAAGCCUGGUCGUCAUUGGAAAACAUAGCAGGGACAGAGAAAAUGCCGGAGCUGUCCUUGGCUAACACCGGCGUCUUCCAGAGGCAGGAGAACAGCUGAUAUGCCAUGUGUAGAAGAGCAUGGCAGACAUCCACAGCUGACUUAUAUGCGGACUUUUUCUGAAUUGAUGAAGUCUGAGGAUGGGAGUUGCAGCUACCUACAUUCAGUACUCAGUCCAAGUCACGGCCAAACUCAUAUGGACUCACCUAUUGUUUGACUCUGUAGCUCUAACAUAAAGCAUUUGCAUUCAGUAGACAUGCCACUAAAAGCAAUAAGGUUGUAAUCCAUCAAAUCCAUUCAUCGUGGCGAAGCCAUGGGUAUGUUACAUGUGUUAUGUAUUAAAUGCUGUGGUCUGAAGACCUGUGGCCAUAACACUGCACACCCAGAACUUUCAUUAUUGUGACAUCUUUGUUCCAUGUGCUAAUGUUGCGUACUGUUUCCCACCACCUUCAUGCAGAAUCUCAGGAUGAGUGUAUCCUGUUUUUUUCCUACAACAGGAAACCGGUGGAAAGCUGAGAUGGAAGGAAGUUAAUGACAAGAAGGUAAAGAGGAAAUACUUGGAGCAAAAUAAAUGCAAGGAGCCCAAAACAGAAAAAGUGAUCUGUCGGUUGCUGGUCAUUUCACCCUGUUCCAGUUCAUACCUUAGUAAUUGUGGUUGUUCAAAACCUAGCUGUUCUGGGUUCACAAUGGCAUUAUCUAUUGUUUGACUCUUUGCACCUAUCAUCCGUUAAGUAAUACUCACUUUUUUUAUUUUAAAGUGAUCCCUUAUGUCUUCACUUUAUAAUGGCACCCAGCAGGAGAUUAGUUAGAGCUACUGCAGUUUGAUCAGGGGUUCAUCCGUAUGAUAAAUACAUGGGAAUAUGGUAUAGUACAAAUAUUUUUCAUAAAAUAUACAGUUUUAAGAUUAAUUAUUCUGGAGAUUUCUGCAGUUCUUGAGAGGGAGUUCUGCUACUCGUAAAAGUUUUUACUAAAAAUGCUGAUAAGCAAUAUUUGAAUUUUAUGGAUAAGAAAUGAUUUGUUUACAAGUAUGAGCUGGAAGUAGAAAGAACUAAGUAGAAAUGCAUAGAUAUGGGGAUACAGAUUGGCAAAGGGGUGAACAGACCCGGAACCCAAUUGUCUGUAUGAAAUGUUAUUGUGAUGAAGAGUUGUUUUUAAAUGUGUCUUUGAGAUUACGUUUCUUCUUUGGGAAAGACAAGUUUGAGCCAAGACUUCAAAACAGAUUACUUUUUUUUUUUUGUUUUGGAUGGGCAAAGUAAGUAAACAAGGUGGUCAAUCUGAAGAUUUUACA